UUUUUGGUUUGGUGAUUGCCUUCCCUCUACUACUCUUUCCGGUCAGAUUCAACUCUAAUUUUUGGCCUCUUGCUUGGUCUAUUUAGUAUUUCUGCAUAUGAUGCUCUUCUAGCCGACUUUUUUCUAAAUUUCUGACGUACACCAGGUGUUUGAAGAAAUGUGACUGUCAGACAACAGGCUUUAUUUGCACUGUUGAGCAGUAGAAUUUUGAUUUUGUAUACCUUUUAGAUGUUCAGUCUUCAAAGACAAAAGAAAAGUGAAGUGACCAGUGAGCCCCCAUUAAUAGAAUAGUGCACGUGUUUGCUAGGCAUUUCUUUUGAAUGAGGUGUCUUAAAAUUGUCAAUAAAGUUGUUUUGGACGCAUUGCUUCUAUGCUUUCUUUUCUUGACAGGAGUUUAAGUCAUUUUUGACCCUCACUUUCUACACAUAGACGGGUGUUUUUUGAUCUCACAGAAUACGAUAUGUAGGACCAAGAAAUGCAUUAUAGAGAAAUGUACAACAAUUGUGUUGUGUCAUUUAUCAUAAUCUCUUGACAAGCAGAUCGUAAGAAUAGAAACUUUGGAUAGUUAUUCUCUACUUCCUCCUCCUCUAUGAUUGAGAUAUUGAAAGUGCAAACUGCCGUCACUAUAGAAAAAACGCAGAUGCAAACCUAAGGAGCAAAUGCAAUACUGUGGAUUAUACAGUGGGAGUUAAAGUCUCAGGUUUCAAGAAGUUAAAGGUGUGAUGACGGAAAUCAUUGAGAAGACAGACUAUACUAACCUCCUUUUGGAUUAUACCCUUUCAAAAGACUUUAUUUCCUAAUUUGAAACUGGAAAGAAUCCAAAAAACUAUAUGUGGCUGAUUGAUGUGAGUUAUGGCCUUACAAGUUCUUGAUCAUUUGGUAUGUAAAGGCUUGCCCAUAUUGUAUCACCCCCUUUUCUUUUGGAUUGUUUCUUACUUAUAUUUCCACAUGCGUGUUUGAAUUUAUAUACCCAGGUAUAUACUUAUGAGAAGUACUGAUGGAAAUUUAGCUAUAAAUUAUGUCAAGUAAAAGGUAGGCACCCAAUAAGGCGCAUUGACUGCUACUUUAAAGCCAAGGUGCAGCCGCCACAAGAAGAAAAUGAAAAACAAGAAAAUGCAAGCGAAAGGAAGAGGAGAUGGAGGAGAAAAUACAAAGAAGAAGUUACUGUAAAUGGAUAUCACUUUCAACUUUCAUCAGACUGCUGACAGAUGAAUCUCCGCGGUUACGGAGUGCUUUACGUUACACAAUACAUGGGAAAUCGUUUGAUGCUGAAAGAUUCAUAGAUGUUAUGCAAGCAUUUGAGAAUUUCAUAACUGCAGCUAAGAGUGGAGGUGGGGAGAGUUUGAAUGGGAGAAUGGCAGAGCUUGGCAUUAUGCAAAGUCAAACAAAUAGCAUAAUUCCUUUUCCUUCUUCAAGUGCUUAUCAAACAGAGCAGCCAAUUCAAACAAGAGCAGCAUUAGCAUUUCUGCUCUCUGAUAAAGGGAAUUUUUUCUGCGAAUUCCCUUUGGAUGAGGUACGUCUACUUGACCACUAAGUUAGCUCUGUGGGAAAAAUUGCGGAGAUGAAUAUAUAAUUAUCAGAUAUGUUUUUUA